CAUUGAGAAAAGGGGCGGUAACUCUUUUUCCUCAUUUUUCUUUUGGUACUCCUUCCCGUCUCUCUGUCUUCCUUUUGCCCCAACAUGGCUGCUUUCUCAGCCUGGUUUUGGAACGAGAGAUUCUGGCUUCCUCACAAUGUAACUUGGGCGGACCUUGCGGACCCUGCACCUGGAGUGGAGUAUCCCAAAGCCGGACACUUGCUCUCCGCCCUGCCGCUGGCUUUAGGCAUAUUUGCUGUCAGAAUACUAUUUGAGAGGUUCAUUGCGCGACCAUGCGCCUACGUGCUCCGGAUCCAGGCGGAGGUGACCCGGAGAGCCCAGCCCAAUGCCGUCCUGGAGAAGGUGUUUACAUCCAUCUCAAAGUACCCAGACUCUCGGCACUUGGACGGCCUGUCUAAGCAGCUGGACUGGGAGGUGCGGAAGGUGCAGCGCUGGUUUCGACACCGGCGCAACCAGGACAAGCCGAGCACACUCACCAAGUUCUGCGAGAGCAUGUGGAGGUUUACAUUUUAUCUGUACAUAUUUACCUAUGGGAUUCGAUUUCUGUGGCAGUCUCCCUGGAUGUGGGACACGCGGCAUUGCUGGUACAACUAUCCCUAUCAGGUCCUCUCCCCAGGACUGUAUUACUACUAUGUGACAGAGCUGGCGUUCUACUGGUCCCUCAUGUUCUCCCAGUUCACAGACAUCAAGAGAAAGGACUUCCUCAUCAUGUUCAUCCAUCACCUGGCAACUGUUUCCUUAAUCAGCUUUUCAUACGUCAACAACAUGGUGCGAGUGGGCACUCUCGUCAUGUGUGUGCACGAUGCCUCCGACUUCCUGCUGGAGGCUGCUAAGCUGGCAAACUACGCCAAAUAUCAGCGACUGUGCGACUCCCUAUUUGUGCUGUUCGGCGCGGUCUUCUUUGGCACUCGGCUUGUCAUCUACCCCUUUUGGAUCCUCAAUACCACCUUGUUUGAGAGCUGGGAGAUUGUUGGACCUUACCCCUCCUGGUGGCUCUUCAACGGUUUGCUGCUGGUGCUACAGGCACUUCACAUCAUCUGGUCCUACCUCAUUGCCCGCAUUGCCUUCAAAGCCAUAGUCCGUGGAAAGGUGUCCAAAGAUGACCGCAGCGACAUCGAGAGCAGCUCGGAAGAGGAAACCGAAACCCCAAAAGACAAGGGCAAAAUGCCCUCCCACAACAAUGCUGCAUCGCCCAAGGGUGGCGAGAAUGGAACCAACGGUCACUUUGCUUCCGGAGUGUGGGUGCAGGACCACUCUACCUGGUGAAGUGAAGGAGAUGUGUGCACCUUACAGCGGCUCCUGCCAGACGACAUCUUGAAAAGACACAUUUCCCCUUGUCCUCACUUCCUUUCCCCUUAUUGACCAACAACAACAAAAAAAAAUCUCCCUGGACAUUUUACAUUUCUAUACCUACUCCUCACCUCUAUCACUACCGCAACUGAAAACACACGGAGACUGUGAACGGACAGAAAUGACGGGUAUAUUGGACACUGAGGUGACACAUGCUAUGAACACCAAAAAGA